AUGACAAGUAAAAUGUGUUUUCUACUCCAAAGAGAACUUUUCCAACAUAUUGUCCAGACGGCAGUAAAAACCUACUGUACUUAUUAUAUUCAGAUGUAAAUUAGCGCUAAAAUUAGCAGCAGUUUAAGUGGCUGUUGUUUUGAUUCACUGAGACCAAAAAAAAUGGAAGAAAAGUUAAGCAAAAUCGAAAAUCAGCAAGAAGAAGAAGAUGAGGGUCCACCACCUGGUUUUGACUCUAUAGCUCUACCAUCCCAACACACCAAUGUUGUUGAUGAUGAUGAUGAAGGACCACCUCCAGGUUGGCCAUCAAUUCCUCAGCAAAAUAAUCAACAGCUGCUCCAGACUACUGAUGUAGAGAUGGAGAGCAAAGAACACGAAUUGGAAGAUGAUGAAGAUGGUCCACCACCUGGUUGGAACACUGUAAUCCCACUGAAAAAAAUGCGGUCUUCACCGCCAACAAUAGCAGCAGUUACUUGUGAUGUAGAAAUGAAGAAAGAAAAAGUCAUUGAAGAUGAAGAUAAUGGUCCACCACCAGUAUGGAAGCUGACUGCUCAACUACCGAUGCUACAAACAUCUACACCAGCAUCAGGGACACACGGAGCUCCUCUUGCUGAUAUAGAAAUGGAGAAAAAAGAAAAAGUCAUCGAAGAUGAAGAUAAUGGUCCACCUCCAGGAUGGCAGUUGACCCCUCAACUACCGCCGCUACAAACAUCUACACCAGCAUCAGGGACAGAAGGAGCGGCUCUUGCUGCUUUUGUAGAUGUUGAAAUGGUGAGCAAGCAGGACUGUGGUGUUGAAAAAGAAGGGCGUACACUAGGAUCAGAAUCCAUCCCUAUGACUCGACAUUCAUCACCAUAUACACCACCACCUCAGUCGUCGUCAUCAGUUGCUUCUUCUGAAAUGGAAAUGGGCAGCAAACAAGAAGGCACAAAGAAUGAGGAGGUAAGGCCCCAAAUCGAAAAGCAACCCAUGCCGUAUUUACGACAGAUGAAACCUAUAAUGCCUCAAUCCUCAUCACAUGCUGCAACAGUUUCUGCUGAAAUGGGUCAGAUGGUAUGUGGUAGUUGCCGGCAGUUACUUUCUUAUCCACAAGGGGCUAAAUUGGUGAAGUGUCCAUGCUGCCAGACCGUCAAUCUUGUCCUAGAAGCUCAAUAUGUUGGCCAAGUUAAGUGCGGGGGUUGUGCAGUGCUGCUCAUGUAUCCGUAUGGGGCGCCAUCAGUUAGAUGUUCUUCUUGUCGUCACAUGACAAAAAUUGGGGCCCACAACAGACGACCUCCUCAGUCAGUGCAACAGCCUCGAAGAAGACAUCCUUCCUACCAAGUUCGUUAGCUUGCUUAGCUCGAUCUGAUUUUGGGGAAUCCAUCAUGUAGAUGCAAUUGUUUAUAUGAAACUUAUGGGCAAGAGGGCUAUUUAGCUGACAUCAGGGUCCUUGCUUCAAUGGUUUUGUAAAAUCUUAACUGCUCCUUUUCCAUAUCAGAAAUCUGUAUCAAUUCUUUUCUAUUCAGAAUUCAAUUUGGAAUGGAGUUAAAUUUCUGAAUGUUGGUGACACUAGGUUUGGAAGUUCAGUUUAGCCUCAUCAAGUUCACGAACCUGGUUAACCAGUGUGCAAUUUAUUAUUCAAGUGUCCUCUUAGUCCAUUAAAUUUUC